CGCUGUGGGAGCUGGAAUAACCUCGCGCCACAUCCCGCUUCUCUUUCGGUGCUCUUUACUGACAUCUAUCGGCUCAGCAGACAGCUCCAUGGAGUCCGCAGGAGAACUGGACCAUUUUGAGGUCUCCAACCCUUCAGGGUGUCCUGAGAUCCAGUCCCGUGAGGGGGAUAAGGACAAAGCAGGUGAUGGAGAUGAGCCUAAUUCCCCAUCCCCUCGAAAGAGGAGCGGCUCGGUAUCCUCAGAGGAUUCUGAUCCAGAGCCCCCUCCAGUCAUCACCAGAAAGGUGUCCUUUGCAGAUGCCUUCGGCCUUGACCUGGUGUCCGUAAAAGAGUUUGACAGCUGGAACACUCCGAAGAAGUGGGCCGACAACCUCCUGGACGAUGACCGCGGCGAAGACUCCGCAGAGUACUUCCUGUUGUGCCUGUUCACAGUGCCUUCCACGGCCGAGGAGCUAAUGGAGAAACUUGCGGACCAGAAGAUCGAGCUGGAACACGUCGAGCUACUUCCUGAGACAGUGGCGCUGAGGGGAAUCAUCCGGGUAAUGAAUCUAUGCUUUGAGAAAAGGGUAUACGUUCGCAGCACUCUGGACGGCUGGGACACACACAUGGACCUGCUGGCAGACUUCAUUCCUGGUUCUAGUGAUGGUGAGACAGACAGAUUUUCUUUCACGCUGCGCCUCGUGCCGCCGUGUAAAGAGGAGAGAUCCAGGGUUGAGUUCUGCCUCCGGUAUGAGACUGUGUUCGGCACUUUCUGGGCCAACAAUGGUGGGGUAAAUUAUGUGUUGUUCUGCGAAAAAAGGUUCAACAGGGACAUGAAAGCAAUGACACAUGAGGAGUAUGCCAUCAGGAGCAUGAAGAGUUGCCUCAAAGCCAGCAGAGACCAUGUCACAGAGGCUUCUCUAACAGAUUUUCAAGCAGAAGAUCCAGCUGAAAUCAAAAGUGACACAGUUGAGAAAACAUCCGAUUAUGCUGAACUGCAUUCACAAGAAGAUGGUGAAUCAGUGAUGGACUGGCAAACAACCCGGAGGAGCAGACGGAGGGCAGCCCGUAUGGCACGGGUUCGAGACCACUUCCUGCAUAGAGAGGUCGAAAAAGAGAACAAAUAUGAAGAAACCCCCCGGCCACCUCACAAAAUUGGCAUGGCGCCACUGGGGGACACUGUAUCACACCUUGCAACCCCUGGAAGCAGUGUAGAGAACACCUGGAAGAGAAGGACUGCCGCUGAGCCUAGCAACCUAUGUGAAUCACUUCUCGACAUCAAGGACAGCAUGUUUGCCACUGCAGUUGAGAUGGAAGCUCCUCAUGAUGGUUUCUACAAUUCACUCUCCUCCCAAGCAUCAGUCGAUACCAGCCAAGCGUAUUCAGCCAGCAGGCUGUCCACGGAAACCCCUGAAAGCUGGUGCACAGGUUUGAGGAAGGGGCAUCCUUCGGAGGAUCCCGAAGUAGGUAUCCAUGGUGGAAAAGAGACCAUUAGAGGCAGUGGUUCAGAAAUAGGAAUCAUCCUUGUCCGUGGUCACCAACUUGAAUCUGUGACCAACAAAACACCCUCGUGUCACACAGGGCUCAGCAGCGCAGAGGAAAGAGUUGUGGAGGAGACUGGCCCGAGUCAGCAAGACAGUGAACCCUUGAGUGGUGAAGUGAUAGAGUUGUCUGAAGAUGAAGGUCCUUUUUCCAAUUCCAAUAGGUCUGUAGUCCUGCUUGAACAUCCAGUGGAAGGCAUAGCUGUAGGUCUCGCACCGGGAGCCAAAGUGAAUGCACAAAGAGAGAAGGAAACUUCUCAGGUACCAGAUCCUAAACUUUCAGGGAGUCCUGAGGCAAAAUACAAGCUGGCUGACCUUGAGGGUCACAAAGAAGAAUCUUGGAUGCCUGAAGCAGACAAUUCAAAAAUAAGCCGCAAAGAUGCAAAGGAAAGACUUGUCAUACCAGAACUUGCUGUUGCCAGUAGAAGGGAUGGAGCCUCGUUGGUAGGAGAUAACAUGAGUAUUAUUCAGACUGAGACCCAAAUAUAUGGUCCAGGGACCGAUGGCAUCACAUCCACGCAGGAGUUCAGGCCAGAGGAGGAGUGUGUUCAUGGAAGAGAACCAAAAGAUCUGGAGGAAAGUUAUGGGAAGCAAGCGUUAAUAGCAAAGGAUGCUGAUGAGGGACAAAAGGAGAUUGAAAUGGAACUGAAAAUUAAGAAAGAAAUGAAAGAAGGACUCAUGGCUGAGCAAAAAGGAGCACCAGCAUGGUGCGAAAUAAAAGCUCAACUUGAGGUUGAAACAGAUGAAACAAACGCCAGCCACUUUGCAGGAAAAGAAGCAUUUUGCAUGGACGAAGGUCCCGGAUUCCUUGGCGCCAAGUUAGAGUCCAGUCACGGAGGGCAAGAGUCACAUAGAGAAUUUGCCUCGAGUGUGCAAGAAGAAGAAACAGGGGGCAGCAUUGUGUUCAGUAUACAAAACCAAUCUCUAGCUGAAGCUGGUGAUGCUCGAGGGGCUCUGGCUAGGGAGAGCAGUCAGGGUCCAGUAAGAGCACAUGCGCUAGCUUUUCCUUUUGUUAUGUUAAGUGAUGAUGGGGAGGACACUCCGGGUCAGUCACCCCUUGAUGUACCAGGGCAACCCAUCUCUGCUAAAAUGGCCCAUGUUGAAAGGGCAGAAACUGUAGUGCGAGGCUACCUGUGGAAGUGGAAUGGAUUAACUUCCCCAAACAGUUUUUCACGGCUGCCGUUGUGCAUUGUGCUAUUAGCAGUCAUCUGUGCUACUGCUUAUCAGUAUGGCUUCCUGGCUUGUUUUGCACUUUACCUGUUCUCUGUUUGCUGGCUGAUCUGCCAUGAGAAAAAACAACAUUUACAAGAAGGGGAUCGAAUAGAUAGUCAAUGAAAAUGAUGUUUUUUUUUUUUUUAGAUUUCAGAAGUUUGUUUUGGUUCAGUAGGUUCGUCGAGAAUAUGUGUAUUUUGAUUUCUAUUUCAUUUAAACUUUGUGUCUCCAAAAUAGAUAAUAUGGCAGAUAAUUUAGUUCAAGUCAAUAACCUUUUCAGGAACCAAAAAACACCAGUUGUGCCAGAUAUGCCACUAGGAACUUAUUUCAUUUUAAGUGGACCACCACGCGAAUUUCUUACAGGCAUUGAUUAGCAAUGGAUCUAUGUAACAAUGCUCAGUUUACUCGGAGCUGAAACGAACAACACAUCAAUGUCUCAACUUUACUCUUUCACAUUAAUGAUACAAAAUCUGUAGGUGAUUCAGUAAUAACCCAGCAAACAACAUUUUGCCACAAAUAAAUCUGUUCAGACUCAAGUCUGCUGUGUUGUGUAACUCU